CUCUCUCUCUCUCUCUCUCUCUCCCUUUCACACAGUCAUCACCCUCUCUCCUCCGAGAUUUAUUCUGUUGUGAUAUCGUCCUCGUCCCUUUCCUUGAGAACCGCUCCCCCUCCGCUUCCAAACCUCUCCUUCUUCUCCGCCUGCUUUCCGUUCAUGGGCUCGCUUUGCUGCCCGCCACCCCACCAUCCGCCCCGCCCUACGACCCUGCCGACCGAUCCGAUCGUUGCCAAGAAUCGCCGCACCAACAACCAUCACAGCAACAACAACCAAAAUAUCCUCCUCCUCCUCUUCCUCCUCUUCCUCGUCCUCCGGGUGGUGGGUGCGUGUGCCACCUUCAUCGCCACACCCCUCGAUCCUAUCAUGACCUCCGCCACCACAUCCAAUACAACUGCCACCAACACCAGCGCCAGCAGCAGCAGCAACAAUAAGAGCUCCUCCUCCCAGCCCGCCGCUAACUCCGCCUGCGCAGCCUGCAAAUACCAGCGCCGCAAGUGCAAACCCGACUGCCUCCUCGCUCCUUACUUCCCCGCCAACCAGCAGCAGAAGUUCCUCAACGCUCACCGUCUCUUCGGCGUCAGUAACAUCGUCAAGAUAAUACGCGACCUCGACCCCUUCCAGCGCAACGAGGCCAUGAGCACCAUCAUCUACCAGUCCGACAUGCGCGCCCACGAUCCCGUCGGCGGCUGCUACAGAUACAUCCGUGAUCUCGAGCGCCAGAUCGAUCACGACUCUACAGAACUCGCGUUCGUGCUUAGACAGCUUGCACUCUGUCGUGCGCACACAGCUCAGACCAUUACACCAGGAAUUCCUACCCUCGCACCUGAUCUGGAUGUAAACCCUAAUUUGCUUCUCAAUACACCCACCGAUGACACCGAGAAUGUGAUAUAUGAUGCCAACCUUUUCCCUUCAAUGAAUCAGCCGCAAGACCAGCAGCAGUACUACAAUUACCUCUGCUAUGACAGUGGCAUUUCUAGAGAUCCAAACAACGAUCCGAAUGCCAGUAGUAACAGCAACAGUGUUAACAACAAUGUUUUGAGUCUACAGCAGCAACAUCAUCACCAUCAUCAUCAUCAUCCACAAUCAGUGGUGCAGGAUGAGGAUGUUAAGCCUCUGGUAGAUAUGUUUGAGAUUAGGCAGACAUUGAUAGGAGGGGAUGAUGAGGGAGAUUCUAGAAUCAAUACGACUAACGAGGUCGGGCCUCUGCAUUGCAGCACAAAUUUGGAGCUUAGAGAUGAGACUAAUCAAGUGGAACACACGCAGGAACAUGAUUUGAAAGGUGCUGCAUCCUUGUUUACCCUAACCAAUUGUACUUCCUCAGGCCGUGGAAACUAUCAAGCUGGAGUGUGCUCGCUCGAUGGAUGGAUCUUGCAGUCAAGUUUCUGCCUUUGCAGGCUCACUAGAUCACCAUUUGAUCUAAUGGUUAAUAGGUGUGCUUCGACUUCACUGAUUAAGUCAAGUCUAGCUCAAGGUCCAUCUUCAAAGGUUUCAUUGUUAAAGCUCUCAACCCAAGGUGUCGAGAAGACUGUCUUGGGUGAUAGGAUAACUUCAGUGUCGAACGCUAAGCUGAAUGACAAUUCUCCCAAGUUGGUCUUGGGUGUCAACUUGGAGGCCCAUAAAAUGAUUGGCAGCUCGUCCACCCAGGAUGUCCUAAUUGGUGACCUCGGCAAGACCAUUGGUUUAGAGAUGAGCUACCGAGUCGAACCUCAGUUGAAUAUCGUAGGACUAGCAAAACUUCUUAAACUUCAUAUUGUUGAAUUGAGUCAUGUUGUUGAUGAUGAGGGCCUUUGGGAUUCCGAAGUGGGUAAUGAUAUUUUUUCAUAUGAAUCCAUUGUCUUCAUAAAGUAG